UUUAUCUCAAUGGUACUACUUUUCGCUGCGUGUACAAAUCGAUUUGUUACUACAGUAUUGUUCAUUUCAGAUUCUCGCAAAAAUGAGUCAGGCUGUUGACAAUACUGAAAACACCAAUUCUAAAUCGACAAGCCCAGAAAUUUGUUCUGAACUACAAUGUGCGAUCUGCAAAAGAACAUAUUCUGACAGACAAAGUUAUCAGGGGCACAUAAGGUGCGCUCACAAAAAGAAAAAAACCAGAACAUUUCUAGCAUGCAACAAAUGCAAUAACAAGUAUGAUAAAAGAUCUGCAUUGGAAGACCAUUAUGCUCGUGAUCAUCUCGGUGUGAUAAGGUAUGCAUGUGAAUUCUGUGGAGAGGGGUUCACCUGGAGGAUCACAUAUUUUCGGCAUCGUAAGGAGAAGCAUCCCAAGGAAUACGAGGAGUUGGCAAGACAGAACGACCCCCGCACAACUAUAUCAUUCAACAAGUUAAACUUAGGGAACGAUCUCAACGAAAUAUUGACCGAUGAAAAUCUUCGUGAAAGAAGCUGUGUGAUGUGUAUUAAAAUGUUUCCCACAACAAACGAGCUUGAACUUCAUAUGCAGAGCUUGCACUCAACGAUGGAAAGCUUUGAUUGUAAGCGAUGUGAUAAAACGUUCUACGCUAAGUCAGACUUCGAGCUUCAUUUAGCUGAAAAGCAUGUAGGAAAACCUUGGUUUUUGUGUAAAAUUUGUGAGAAACAUCUCGGCUCAAAAAAGGAGUACUGUGUCCACCACAAGCAAAAGCAUCCGGAAGAAUACGUCAAACUGUUGCAACAUAAGAGCUGUGAUCAACUGUACGAAAUAGACGGCUAUGUGAUAGUUGAACUAGUUUCUUUGGAUGAUGAGCUAUCAAAUUCGAGUGAUGAUGAAGUUCGUUGUUCAUCGACUUCUUUUGCGGAAAAAAAUCGACGGCGCAAAUAUGUUUGUCAGAUUUGUCAAAAAGAGGCGACUUAUGAGCCAAAUUUAGCUCUUCAUCAAAUGAACGCUCACAAAAUUUUCGAUAGUUCAUGGUGCAGUAGGACGAAAACCACCGGAAACUCAUCAGUACCAGAAUUCAGUUAUGACUGUGGCGUUUGCGGUUAUUGGUUUCGUUACAAAACCCAUCGUUCGUAUCACAAAUGUGACAUAACGAAAGUACAGAACACAGAGAAUGGCACUCCUCAUCGGUGCAAGAUCUGCAAAAGUGCGUUCAAAUACAAAACGAAUCUAUUCGACCACUUCAAGGCUGAGCAUCAGCCGACCCAUAUACAUAAAUGCGACAAUUGUGAAAAGAUCUUUUUUAGUCGAAGGCAUUUGGAAGAGCACAAGUUUUCCGCCCAUUACAAUAAGCCUUUGUACCGAUGCACCUUGUGCGGAAAAACAAGUGCUAAUAACUCGACAAGUUUUGCACAUCGGAAGAAAUUCCAUACCGAGGAGCUGGAACGCCUGGAAAGACCUCUGCCUGCAUACGCGUUUAUCGAAAAGUUGAAUAAAUGACACUGAUUUUGUUACUUGAAAUUUUGAUAAAAAAAAAUACCAUUAUUAACUUAUCACAUUAUUAAUCCCACGAAGACGAAUAAUUGAUGAAUCCACAAGAACCAUACUUUGGCUUAAAACGGAGUUUACCUACACGGAAAAUAAAAAAAAGGUAAAACUGACCGAAGGCAGAGGGGAUUUUUUUACCUAUCUAUCUCGAAGAAAGGUAAAUUUUACCUUUACAGAGCAAAAAAACCUUCACAUAGCAAAAACCAAGGUUUUAUGACGAGAACCAGCAUAUCCACGGUCGUGUGAGAUCUAUCUUGUUGCCAGAACGAAUUUUAUAGACUCCCGUCGGGCCCGAGGAAAACCACCCAACGUCACAGUGACAGACGUGCUAGAC